GCACUUUUCUCUAGCUUCCGAAUGCGCAAGUCACACGUUCCUUGCAGCUGAGCCAGUUGCCAGCAGUUCCUGCUCCUCCGGUAGCAAGUCAGGCACUGCCCAUCCCUCGCUCCUUCGACCAUGCUGCAGAGGCAGCAACGCCCUCCCAGACUAUCCGAUUCUCCUCCAACAUAACCUGCCGAAUAUUGCUGAGGCCACGAGACACAACUCCUGAGACGCUGGUCUUCCGGGAGUAAGAGCAAGGGCAAUGGGCGUGUCGGAGAGCAAAAUCGCGUUCAAGCAGAGCGUGUUCAAGCUCAUAGGGGACGAUGUGCUGCAGCCAGACAACGACAUCUUCGCAAAGUACUGGACAAUACCCGAGCGCGUCGACGAUGUUUUCGAUCUGUGGGUGGGUGGAGACGUUCGGGUCUUGACAUACACCAACCCAUCCGAGCCAGGGGCGCGCAAAGCAUCUCCAGGAGAACAAUGCUCGCCCAUGACCAAUCUGGAGACACUGCUGUAUAAUGCGAUAGCACAUGUGGAGAGACUGCAGAAGGACACAAACCAGCCCGAUGAGCUUGUCGCCCGGCAGAUCCUCAACUGCAUGCGCAUCCUGACCCGGGUGAUGCCUUUCAUCUUCGAGGCGGACCACUUGCGAGAAUGGUACGACAAGUUCUUCUGGCAGCCACGAAAGCCACAAUUCCUCAACUGGGACGAGAAGCGUGAUACGCAUACCCAGCUGUUCGACGGCCUAGAUCCCGGCAAGCUUUAUUCAAAAGAGGACAAAGACAAAGAAAUCGGGCCACCUCUAGGCGAGACCUUGAUCGACCUGGUGGUGGACUACCUUUUCUGGCGAGGCCUGACUCUCCCAUCGCAACAGGAAGACGGCGGCAGAUCUGAUAGAGGAUAUGAGCUCAAAGUUUGGAAGACGGGUAUUGGCUGCAGCACAAGCUCGAAAUGUACUAGCGAGCAUGAGCGGAAUCAGUACGAGGUCAUCAGGUUACUCCUCACCUUGACGAGCAGCACCUUGUACCUGCGGCCAGAUCAAGUUGCACUUGCCAACAACAGGGCUCUGACUUAUCUGACGACGAAGCUCGAAAAGCGCGUCGUAAAUGCCAUAAAUUGUUCUUGCUUGAAUACUGUGCUUCGAUUCAACCCCAACUUGUGGACGAUACCGAGUGGCUGGCAAGGAGCUCGGGAUACGAAGAAGCUUCUCGUUCUGAACUGCAUCCAGUUCCUGCUGGUGACGAUGGUGUACAUCCCCCCAGAGGGCAAGAACCUCUUCAGAUCUUCAAUGGGAGCACUUUUCCGGCCUGAUGACUUCCAAUUCAUCCAUCAUGGAGUCAAUCUAGUGAUUUCCCAACCAAUGACGACGAGCAAUUUCAGCAUAGGGAAAAGCAAUGCUGGCCAUCAUGCCACCGAGAUGAUCAGCUUCCUGUGGGAGCUGAUCCAGUGUAACAAGCGCUUCCGUCGGUACCUCUGUGAAACCAAAGUCGGCAUGGACUAUCUGGUCAUCUUCUUGUUCUACGCGAGAGACUCGGUCGCCGAUGAGACAAAGCAAGGCCUGAUGAGAAUGGUCAUCUUCGUGAUCCAAUCGCUCAGCGCCGAAGCAGCCUUCUGCGCGAAGCUCAAUACGCCUUUCCUCCAUGUCAGCAGCCUGCCGCCGGUAAUGCGGAUAGAAAACUUCCAUGGCUCAUAUGCCGACUUCUUGAUUUGUUCAAUACAUUGCCUCAUCACGGCUUCGAAAGGACGACUCGAGCCAGUCUAUCCUGCGCUGUUCAACAUUAUCAAGAAUGUGGCGCCGUACGCGAAGCACUUGCAGCGUGCGACGUCUUCGAAGCUGGUGAACCUGUUCGAAAUGCUGUCGGCACCCAGCUUCUGCUUGAAGAACGAUACCAAUUAUGUCAUUCUCAAGAACUUGCUUGAUGCUUGCAAUGCAAUUCUUGAUAAUCAUUGUCGCGAGAAUCAGCAAUUCGUCAGAGUACUCAUUGCGAGCAAAAAGCAUUUCAGAGCCCUGCAGCAAAUCACCGUUGAAGGCGCACUUGCAGAGGCGGAGCGCCAGGCGAUCGAACGCAAAGAUCGCGGGGAUAUUCUGAGCCCGACCAGCCACUCGCGUGGUUCAUCCAUCGAUAGUAUGCGUAGACCCGUUGCGCCGCGGACGCCUUCGUUGGCGAAUGUGCCGGAGGACACUCGGUUCGCCAUCGGGGAUGAUGAGGACGAGGACGAUGAAGGAAACGAAAAUGCGGAUGUCGAUGAAAAGGCUGACCAAAGAGCUUCUAAGACACCAGACGCGGGUGGCGAGAAUCGAGUGCCUGACCCCGUGCGUUUGAGUGAAAAGGCUCGGGGUAAGCAACCGGCGGCUUUGCGACUUUCGACGUCACGCCAAACAUCAACAACGAGCCUACCGACCUUGACGCCAGUCACCACAUCACAAAACUUCCAACCUUCCGAACAGUGGCUAGAAAGCUGGUACACACAACUCCCACUCGAGCUCAUUCUCAAAGUCAUUGAAGACAGCGAGACUCGAAAGCAAGAUGGCAUCUCAGCAAGAACUUCCACCUCCAGCGCGCCCGAGGAGCAACACAAGGCAGACGUUCGCAGCGCAACUACAGCAGAGCAACCCGGCCUCGGACGAGAAGCCCGCCAAUCCGCCCAACUCACCCGUCAGUCCACGGACAGUGGGCGCAGUGCGCAAGCAGCAUAUGGAGCCGAUGGACAAGGUCAUCUCGGAAUUAAAGACAAUAUCAGACCAGCAACAGGAGGCCCAGUCAGCUUCCAAUGGACAGCAGUAGCAAUCGGCUGGUACAACGCGCUCAUCUGGAGCAGAAUCUACUUGCAAGAAGCGGAGGCUUUUCAAGGUUCUGGAGGAUUGUACAGUAGUACGGACAUCAAGCUAUUUCGACGGCAGGGCGCGAGUCAGGAAAUCUCGUUGAAGAGUCCGAAGGGGGCGAUUGAUGCUGUGGGGGCUUCACUUGCGCAGAGGAUAAGUAGCAUUAGUAUCCCUGACGCGUUUACUGGAGGAGGGCAGGCGAGUGGACAGACGGGGAGGGGACGGGGAGGUAGUGGGUAGGUAGAUGGAGAAUUGAAAGAUGAGUUGAGGUGUGGCCGACUUUCGUGGGCAGAGAGAGGGUUGGUUGGUAUUGAAGAUGUUUGCUCCGCCG